AUGGGCCCUGGCACCCCCAAUUCCGGCACAACCUCCCUCUCAGCUCUCUCCACAACCGCCAUCAAAGACGGCCACCAAGGCGCGCCCUUCCCACACUCCCGCGGCCACGCCCACCAAUCCUCAUCCGCCUCAACCUCCUCCACAACUACUCUCGAAGCCGAGCGUGCAGACCGCAUCUCCCGCCUCGCCGGUCUCGAGCGUGUCGCAACCGCUCGCGCCGGCGGUGCCUCCCCAGCCAGCCAUAUCCCAACCUCCUAUGUCCCAGGCUACUUCGAUAGCCACGCGCUUAAGGAGCGCAGCACCGUCGGCAGCGCCAGUGCAACCGGUAGCAUCGGCCAUACGACCUGGGCAUCGGGCAGCGAGGCAUUCUCCGCAGACAAAAUGAGCGAGGACGUCGACGCAGACGACCACGAUAGUGUGGGCAAUGUCAGUGAUGAGGGUAACGCCAGUCUUGUUGGGUUUGGCGAGGGCGCUAAUAGUACCAUUUCUGGGCCCACGAGUCGUCCUGUUGGGCUGAAUCGGAUGUCGUCUGGUGGUGCCCGACCAACUAGUAUGGGGAGUGCCGGUGUGAACCCGAAUGUGGGCCGUGCCAACCCGUUGGCUAGUUACAUUCAGCAACAGCAGCAGCAGUAUGGAGGGGAUAGUGCGAUGGCAUCGUCUAGUUUGGCGGGUUCUAUUACACCUGAGCCUGUUCCUGAGGAUGCGCGGAUGGUCAAUGGGAUGACCUUUGAUGAAGAUGUUGUUGAUACUACUGUUCGCACACCGAGAUUGGCUACUCCGAAUCGCAGCCCGAGUGGACUGGAUACUCGUGAUUAG